GUGGAGUCCUACAGCUCGUUCUGUGGUGGACUUCCUGCUCCUGAGUGUUCAGACAAUCCUCUCCGUUAUAAGUUCAGCUGGAGUCCGUACGGCGUUCUGCUCAACACCAUCAGCCCCGCCAUCUUCCUCAAAGACGGAGAGGUGGUGAGCAUCCCAGCCGGCGGCGCUCUGAUGGACUCGACGUCACCGAUGGAUUUCCUUCCCGGUUUCAACCUGGAAGGAUUCCCGAACCGCGACAGCACGAAGUACGCAGAGCCGUACGGGAUUCAGACGGCUCACACUCUGAUCAGAGGAACGCUGCGCUUCAAGGGAUUCUCCAAGGCCAUGAGCGGGUUCCUGAAGGUGGGACUGAUCAACAGCGAGCCGUGUCCCGCCCUGCAGAGCACAGCGUCUCCUGUUUCCUGGAAGGAGCUCCUCUGCCAGCAGAUGGGAUUGUCCUCUUCCAUGUCUCAGGAGGCUUUUGAAGAAGCCGUGUACGAACGCAUCGAAAAGGACGAUUCAAGGAUGGAUUCCCUGAGAUG